AUGAGCGGGUGGGCGCCACCGGCACCGGCGGACGCGGGCGGUCUGGGAGGCGUGCGGGGGCUGCGGGUCGACGGGCUGCCGCCACUGCCCAAGAGCCUCAGCGGGCUGCUCAACUCGUCGUCGGGCGGCGGCGCGCCGGGCGGCUGGAGGCAUCUGGAGCGGCUUUACGCGCAGAAAUCGCGCAUCCAGGACGAGCUGAGUCGCGGAGGCCAGAGGGGCGGUGCGGCGCGGGCCGCGGCGUUGCCGGCCAAGCCCCCCAACCUGGACGCGGCGUUGGCACUGCUUCGCAAAGAGAUGGUUGGCCUCCGACAGCUGGACAUGUCCCUGCUCUGUCAACUCUACAGCCUCUAUGAGUCAAUUCAGGAGUACAAGGGAGCAUGCCAGGCAGCCUCCAGCCCAGACUGCUCUUACACUCUGGAAAACGGCUUCUUUGAUGAGGAAGAGGACUAUUUCCAGGAGCAGGGCCGGCUCCAUGACGGGAGGGAGCAAGGAGCCCCGCGGGACAUGGCGCCGCCCAUCUCACCCCUGUCCAGCAGUGACUGGAUCCUGGAGCCCAUCUAGGGUCCUCAGGAGGGCUGUGAUUGUUGGAGAAACCCUUACAACUGGACCAUGGCAGCACUUGCUUCUCCUCUUGCAAAUGCUUCUUUUAGGACCCUCCCGUGCUCCCCACUGGAGGGCCUUGGCAUGUGGGAUGAACACUGCCAGGCAGAUUCGUGAACAGGUCUUCUCCAUCAACAUGUGUGGGUAGUCUAUUUUAAUGGCUGGGGUUUUUGCCAAUGCAGACCUGAGGUGCUUAGCAGUAUCUGUGACUCCCUCCUGCUGGGGAGUCAUAUGAUACAUUGAUGAGAGGGUCCCUGCAAAAUGCCUUAGUGGGUGUUUGAUUAGUGUGGGUAUCCUUGCGGAUAGUAGCUUAUCGGCACCAUCCUUGUGGUGGGGCUCCUGCCUCAAGGCUGGGAUGUAUGAAAAGUAACAUUUUACUGUUCCUCUUCCUCAGUACCUUCCACAGCUGUGCUUUUUAUUUAAAUGAACCUUUAAGUCAUUGGUUCAGCUUUACUUAUUUGUAAGCCGCAUUACUAACUGUCCGGGCAACUCAGUGAAAGCUUUUUGCUGAAAAAGUAAACAUUUCAGAUCACACCUAUCAACUUUUUUCUCAGUCUGUCAAAAAAUCUAAAUCAUUCUUUGUCCAUCAGAUAUAGGUGGAAGGAUGAUAUGCUGAAUGGAAAAAAAAAAAAAACUGGGGCAAACUAAUGUUUUGUAUUCUUCAUUGUAAGAUAGUAAAUUUUUUGUUUUUAAAGAUUCUGAAUGUAAACUAGUAUGUUUAAGAUAUACUAGUAAACAAGUAUGUAAACUGUCCUCAUCUGCUUAAAACAAUGAUUACCUUAAGCCUUAAUAUAUUUAUUAAACUACUUUAUGAAAACUU